UGUGAAAAUGCCUAAGUCGUGCGUCGUGCCGAAUUGUAAGUUUGUGUACUGUAAGACUUCAAAACGCUCAGUGUUUCGCGUACCAAAAGACGCCAAUCGGUACAAACAAUGGGUAACAACUAUUCCGGGCAUUGUUACACUAAAGCCGACACACGUAGUUUGCGACAAACAUUUUAAAGAGGAAGAUAUAAUCCGUGAAUGGAUCAAACGAGACUCGAAUGGUCGGAUUAUCGCUCAGGAACCAUACAAGUACCCUCAGCUCAGUAAGUUUGCUGUUCCAUCAAAGUUUGAUGACCUUUCUACAGCAAAGGAUUGCGUUGUCCCAUCGACUGAAUAUUUCGGUCAUUUAGCUCCAAAAAAAGUUACGAUUGAUGAUGUCGUUAACUCUGUUGGAAAGUCGUCAGUUGAGGAGUCCGUCCAAAUCGCACACGAUUCGAUAGAUCCAUCAAUGGAAUCUGCCGCGUCUUCAAGUGCUACAAGGCAAUGGAGCAUUUCUGGCGAGUCCGCUGGCUUCAUGAACGAUUCGAUUCAGCUUAUUGGCUCUUCGAUCAAGGAGUCCUCUGCUGAACCAACUACCAGCUGCAGUUUUGUGUUGCCAAUUGUGGAUGGCGCCGAAUUGGUUUCACCGAUGGAACUUACAGAUACUGAUCCUCUGGUGACAGGACCGGUAGCACUUGAGGAACCAAUCGACAUAUAUACAUCCGUUACCACAAGGAAAUAUGUAGAAAACGAAAGUGGUCGUACCUAUCAAGAGAUUUGUAGCAAAUUACCUGAAUAUUGGAGCGUUAGCAAGGCACCUGCUACAAACGGAAGAAUUAUUAUAUUUACCUACAUGAUAACGCCAGUCAAGAAUGGAAAGCGUUUGCCGGUAUCACAAAAAUGCGUCAUUUUCGACUCGGAUAGAAAACUUCAGUUUUACGUUUACGGACGGGACGUUGACUCACAAAAAGCAAAUUUUGACGAAACUUUGGAAGGAAUCGAAACGCUUCCAAACGUUUUGAACAAAUUUAAGGAGAUGAACGUUUGUAUAGUGGCUUGGGCGAAGUUAAUAUCGAUCUUCUUCGAGCUGAUACCGUAUUUCAAGACGGCAUUCAACAGUGGCGCAGCAAAGACUGCAGUCUUCUCUUCAAAAAACGAAGAUGCGAUAGCUGUAUGAAAAUGAGGAAGCGCAUACAGGGCUUAAUAACACGGAAUAAAAAUCGUAAGAAAAAUGAAAUUUUUCUAAGAAACAUCGGUGCUUCGAAUUCCAUAGAGCGUCGUAACCUCGUAGCGCUGCGAUUAAAAUGCCGACGUCUAAAAUGUCAACAAAAUCGAGCUAAAGAACGCGAGAAACAUCUGAUGAGCUGUCUAAAAAAACAAGAAGAACAAAUAGCUAAUAUGCAAGAGGCAACUUUAGAUGAGAAAUGCUCUGCAUUAAACGUUCCAGCUGCUCAACAAUUGGCACUGAAAGAAAUCGUAGCCGCAGCGAGCAAGAAAGACACCAAGGGUCGACGUUACAGAGAGGACUGGAUGAUGUUGUGUAUGCUGAUGAACAUCCAAUCCCCGGGAUACUAUCAGUUCCUGCGGAAAAACAAUAUUCUGCCACUACCAUGCUUAAAAUCGGUACGCAGGUAUUUAUCAUUAAUUGAUAUGAAAUGCGGCUUUGACGAACGGUUUGCAGAAUUACUUAAAAAACAUCUUGCUACAAAAACUCCUCUGCAACGACACGGCGUACUGCUGCUCGAUGAAAUCAAUCUACGGAAAUCUGUAGCCGUGUGUUCCAAGAAUUUGACUUAUGUCGGCUUGACAGAUUUGGGCGACGACGGGCUGCGAUCUUCGGACAUAAGCAAACAGGCAACGCGCCGCAUGGUCUCGUUGUAAUGUUUCAAUCUCUUGCCGAUACUUACACGCAGCCAAUCGCAGUUUUUGCCUCAAAAAAUCCAGUUAAAGGAGAAGAGCUCGCUAAGCUAAUUGUAAAAGGAAUUAUCUAUCUGGAGAAGUGCGGAGCGACAAUUCACGGUGUUAUUGCUGAUGGUGCUGCAACAAACCAGAAGAUGUGGUCGCUUCUGGAUGUUAGGGGUACGAUGCAAAACACCAAGACAUGGUUCACUCAUCCUUCAGACGAUGAAAGAAAAGUGUUUGUUUUCUCCGACACGCCGCAUGUGAUUAAGAACAUACGAAAUCGGCUGUUGAACCAAAAGAAACUGCGGCUCAAUUCCACGGAGAACUACAUUUGUUGGCAAUAUUUUGAGACGUUGUAUGAGCUCGAUAAAAGCCAUCCAGGAAAUGCCCGUGCAUGUCCAAAAAUAACGGAGCGACAUGUACACAUGGAUAACGCAUCAAAAAUGCGCGUUCAAUUAGC